AACUUAUCCGUGGAUACAAAGCGUGAAGAGUUCAACAUGACCACCACUGGUGCCACCUUCACUGCACCGCCCGUGAUGGGCACUCCCGUGCCUCCAGCCCCUGCUGCGAAGAAGAAGAUCCCGCUUCUUGGCAAGCUCGUCGUUGGUGGACUUGCCGGCAUCUUUGGUGUCUCUGUAACGUUCCCCAUCGACAUCGUCAAGACCAACUUGCAGAGUUCGACCACAUUCACAGGGCCGAUCCAUUGCUUCCGAACGUUGUUGGCGAGAGAUGGAGUGCGAGGGCUUUUCCACGGCCUUCCGCCAACGUUGGUCGGUGUCAUUCCUGAAAAGGCCAUCAAACUUGCCGUCAACGACUUUUUGCGCGAAAUUCUCGACACAGACGGUUCGGGCGUGUUGCCGCUGUACAAGCAAGUGAUCGCGGGGGGUGGCGCUGGAAUGUGCCAAGUUGCCGCGACAAAUCCGUUGGAAAUUGUCAAGAUUCGCAUGCAAACGCAGAACCGCCUGCCCGCGGCCGAACGCAUGACAGCCAUUCAAGUGGUUCAGGACCUGGGCUUGCGUGGUUUGUACAAAGGAACGGCUUCGUGCUUGUUGCGUGACAUUCCAUACGCCAUCAUUUUUUUCCCCAUGUACUCGACGAUCCGCGACCUCGGCACCGACAAAGAUGGCCACAUCUCGAUGCCAUCCGUUGUCUUGGCUGGGUCUGUGGCGGGCGCGACGGCAGCAGCUCUCGUGACGCCAGCUGACGUGAUCAAGACCAAGCAACAAAUGCGGGGUGCCACGUACAAAGGAACGAUCGAUUGCUUUCAGCAAGUCUUUGCUGAGGGCGGUGUUGCCGCUCUGUUUAAAGGUGCUGGGCCCCGUAUGAUGGUGCAAGCGCCUCUCUUUGGCAUCACGCUGUUGGCGUUUGAAGUCCAGAAAGCAUACAUGGAAGCGCAUUAAAUAACCAAACAAUUCGACCUGCCUCAACCAUCGCUGUCACGUA